CAACCACAGCCGUCCGAUCCACACCCCGAGCCGCGCCCGAAACCCUAACCCUAAAACCUCCCGCCUCCCCCAUAAAUCCCCUUCUCCCUCCUCGCCGCCGCCUCUUCCUCUCUCUCUCCCCUCUCGAUCUCGUCUUCUCUCUCUCGCAGGACUCGAUCGCGAUGGCGGCGGAGGUGGCGAAGGCGGCGGUGGUGCCGGAGUCGGUGCUGAAGAAGCGGAAGCGGGAGGAGCAGUGGGCGGCGGACAGGAAGGAGAAGGCGCUCGCCGAGAAGAAGAAGGCCGUCGAGAGCCGCAAGCUCAUCUUCGCCCGCGCCAAGCAGUACGCCCAGGAGUACGACGCGCAGGAGAAGGAGCUUGUGCAGCUCAAGCGUGAGGCUCGGAUGAAGGGUGGGUUCUACGUCAGCCCUGAGGCCAAACUUCUGUUUGUGGUCCGCAUCCGUGGUAUCAAUGCCAUGCACCCCAAGACCAGGAAGAUCUUGCAGCUUCUGCGGUUGAGGCAGAUCUUCAAUGGUGUCUUCCUCAAGGUUAACAAGGCAACCAUUAACAUGCUGCGCAGGGUUGAGCCAUAUGUUGCAUAUGGGUACCCAAACCUGAAGAGUGUCAGGGAAUUGAUCUACAAGAGGGGUUACGGAAAGCUCAACAAGCAGAGGAUUCCUCUUCAGAACAACAAAGUCAUUGAGGAGGGCUUGGGGAAGCAUGACAUCAUCUGCAUUGAGGAUCUUGUCCACGAGAUCAUGACUGUCGGUCCACACUUCAAGGAGGCCAACAACUUCCUGUGGCCCUUCAAGUUGAAGGCACCACUCGGUGGCCUCAAGAAGAAGAGGAACCACUAUGUCGAGGGUGGUGAUGCCGGCAACCGUGAGGACUACAUCAACGAGCUCAUCCGGAGGAUGAACUAGGCUUUUCUUCUGUUACUGGGGAGAAUGUCUCCUUAUCUAUGUAUGCAACAUGGUUAUUUUUAUCUUUAGGCUGUCUUGAGCUGGAUACUGGAUAUGCAAUUUUGGCGUUCCAACAGGAGGUAGACUUGGCCUGUGUUUACAGUGAGACUUCCGGUGGGAAAUCUGUACCCGUUGGCCCUGGGGUUUGUUCCUGUCUGGAUGCUUUUGUUUCUUGAUAUGUUCGCUAGUUGUGCUUGCUUUAUUGCCUUA